AUGUCGUACCCCUGCCUCAAGGCCGUGAGUCAUUGGAGGCAAUCCGAAGGGGUGGCAAGAAGCCCCGGGUCCCCGGUGUGGUCACAGCAGGAAAUUCAGUCACUGAGCCACACCACACCCGAUGACCCUGAGCAACAGCUCUACUCUCCAUUCUCCGGACCACCCUCAACGUGCCUGCCUGUCAAACAGCCCAGAGCCAAACAAAAGCCACCGGCGGCUGACGAGCAGGCGGAUUUCCCAUGCGGAGGAAGUGCGCCGCGAGAGCCGGGCUGGGGCGACGGCCCCCGGAGUAUUCAUGGUGCAACCAUCUUCACUGAGCUUGACUUCUGGAGCGCCUACAACCUAAUUCAAAUUAGACAAGGGGAAGAAUGGAAGGCCGCCUUUAGUACUACCCUGGGCUAUUACAAAAGGGAGGCUGCUGGGGGUAAAAGAGAGGACUGCUUCUCUUCUUCCUCCAGGGAUCCCACCGGGGCAGCAGAGCUCUUCUUCUUGGGCCUGGCUGCCUCUUCUGCAGUUUUCUUCUUUCGUAUCAUUGUCUUCAUCGUUGCUGCUGUCGUCGACCUCCCCGCCAACCUCCCCGCUGGUGCCUGGGAUGUCUUCAUCCCCCUAGUGCAACCCUGGGCAGGAUUGAGGAGUGGGAAAGUAUACUUCUCUCUGGUGGACUGGGAGGGGUAUGGCUUGGAGGAGCAGUCCUGGGUUCCUGCCCAUAAUAUCCUGGAUUCAGCCCUCAUCAAGAAGUUCCACAGGCUGCACUCGGACCGAUACGUGGAGGCCAAGAGGCCAUCCUCCCUCCCAGUGGUCUACAAGAAAACCAGUGGCAACGGCUCGCUCACCCUCUACCUGGGGAGGAGGGACUUCGUGGACCAUGUGGACACUGUGGACCCUGUUGAUGGGGUGUUGAAGGUUGACCCUGCUGAACUUGGAGACAGGAAAGUGUGGGUGCAGCUGGUCUGUGCCUUCCGCUACGGCCGUGAUGAUCUGGAUGUAAUUGGCCUGUCAUUCAGGAAAGACAUCUGGAUUCAGCAGUUGCAGAUUUACCCACCUACUGGCAAUUCAUCGCCAAAUACCCCUAUGCAGGAGGUUUUGCUGAAGAAAGCCGGUGAUCAAGGCUAUCCUUUCAUUUUCCACCUUCCAACCAACCUUCCUUGCUCAGUUACUCUUCAACCAGGACCAGAAGACACUGGCAAACCAUGCGGUGUGGACUUUGAAGUGAAGGCAUACAUUGCAAAAGAAGCAGAUAAUCCAGAUGAGCAGGUGGACAAGAAGGACACCUGCCGCCUCAUUAUUCGCAAGAUCCAGUUUGCCCCUGAUCAAACGGGCGUCGGGCCCAAAAGCAACAUCAGCAAGCAGUUCAUGAUGUCCGACAAGCCGGUCCACCUAGAGGCUUCUCUGGAGAAGGAGAUCUUUUACCAUGGAGACCCAGUCCCGAUUAAAAUUAAGAUUAAUAAUGAAACCAGCAAGGUGGUGAAGAAAAUCAAAAUAACUGUUGACCAAACUACAGAUGUGGUGCUCUACUCUGCCGAUAAGUACACAAAGAAUGUACUGAGUGAAGAGUUUGGGGAGACAGUUGAAGCAAACUCAACGUUUGAAAAAGCCCUCAGCAUUAUUCCCAUACUGGUCAACAAUAAAGAGAAGCGUGGUCUGGCGCUGGAUGGCAGGUUGAAGGAGGAAGACACUAAUCUGGCGUCCACUACCAUGUUGCGGCCUGGCAUGGAUAAGGAAGUUUUGGGAAUCCUGGUCUCCUACAAAAUUAAGAUCAACCUCAUGGUUUCCAGAGGAGGUAUCUUGGGAGACCUGACAGCAAGUGAUGUUAGUGUCGAGCUUCCUUUGGUCCUGAUGCAUCCCAAGCCUGCAGCCAACUGGAGUAAAUCUGCCCACUUAGUGAAGGUGAGGCCACUUCCCUCUUGA